AUGAGAAAAACUCCAUCCGUAUUAACCGUCUGUGCGGUAUUUUCCCGUUCGGGCCAUGGUUGUCACUGGCAACAAACGAGCGCUCAUCGUGCGAAACGAGCAUGCAACGAACGGGAACAAAGGCCACACGGGUUUCCCGAUUGGGCCACUCCCCAGAUGCCACACGCACCCCCUGCGGCGUUUUCUGGGCUCUCCGCACGGCAUGUGCACCGUGCGUCUGCAUUGAUGGAUCCGCAUUCAUUUAAUUUUCCCGAUAGGGUAACCGACCUGCGUUUUGCCCCUUUCCAACACGUAAAAGCCGACGCGUGGGGUGGGGUACUCGCUGUUCAUACUCGGCUCGUGUGGGCCCACUUUCCAGCACUCAUAGUCGCACACUCACAUAUAUAUAUAUAUAGUCUGUCUGUCUGUCUAAUGUGUGUGUGUGCUCCCAGCCAUUGUUCACCGCUGACACUUCAACUGCCUCUUAUCGUUGCUUUACAUCCUCCUAUACAGACCAUCCGCGCCGAAGUACCCCACACGGAAAUGAUGCUCCUCGACAGAUUCCAAAAUAAGUUUCACCACCACCACCAUUCACAUAAGAAGACAGGUUCCACCUCCACCUCCACCUCAAACAUCACGCCCAGCUCGAGCAUGGACUUGCAAAAGGAUAUACCAAUGUCAGACGACACGGAAAAUGGCGAAUUGUCCCCUAUUUCACCCCAACCAAGAACAAAAUCACAAUCUCUGCUGCAAUCCCCAGAGUACAACUACUCCUCCACGGAGCCCAACCCGGAAACAAACUCUUUCAGCUUCGAAUACAACAGUACGGACCCCAGAAUGAGAACCCCAGUAAUGACCCCCGUAGGAACUGCAAUUCCAUACUCGCAACAACAACAACAAUCAACUUUCCUACCACCUUAUAUCGCCAACAGAGCGCGUCAAAAUAGUAACGUCUCCCUGGCAAGCUCCAUCUCAGAAUACCCAAACUCUCUAAGACAGCAAGUGGCCACCACCACUGCAAUUAAUAACGCGACAUUCACAGAACCAUUCAUGGCUUUACUCUUGGAAGUGUACCAAUCCAUUUGUUCCGAUCCAACAAUGACUCCCUUCGACUCCUUCAAUCCACCCUCCGGGAUCCUUAACAAAGUCGCUAAGAUCUCCAUCGAGCAGGCAGAAUUUAAAAACCUCGACAUUGGUCAUGAAAAAAAUAGCUGGUUGCUCACUACGGUAAGACAUCGUCUCUUGCAAGAAGUGAGGAAGGAAGGCUAUCUCUCGAGAAACGCAUCCCUCUCAUCCUUACAACCACCAAUCUUCAAUAAUAAUGAAUUCUUGAGCUUGGAUUUACAACAACAGGAUACCUCAAUUAGUAGUACCAGCACCAAUUUCAUGUCUUUGAAAAGAAUCGGAAGCAAUAAUAAUAAUAAUACGGGUACCGGUACGGGUCUCAGUAGACCAAACACUCCACAAUUACUAAUGGCAUAUCAACAACAAUUGCAACAAAUACCGUUAACAUUGGAAAGAACUCGUUCCAAUAAUAGUCGUGAUUUUAAUAAUAAUUUGAUAAAUUUGCCCGAACCAAAUUUUGGAAUAAGUUUGGGAAUUAAUUCCUUGUCUUUGAACCAAAAUUUCGUAGCAAGACAAUGUAACAAUAAUAGUAAUAGCAGGAUUUCUUCUCCAUUACCAUCUAAUAAUAAUACCUCCACGAAUUAUAAUAAUAAUAAUAAUAAUGCAAAUGGCCUUUGGAAUCAAGAUCUACCAAAGAGAGACAGACUUAAAAGAUAA